AUGCAGAGAGAAUUAAAAGUAAAAAAGAAAGACUGUGACGAAGUAGAUAAACCACCACCUAAGAGUGUUUGGUGGGAUGAAGAAACCAUAGCUUUACAUAAUCAAGAGCGAGGUACAAGAAUAGUGAUAAAUGAACCUGAUACUCCCUAUAAUGGGUCCUUAAGCAUCUCUGAAGAUGAAUCAGAUAAUUCAAUAAGAGAUGUAAGGCAUAUUAAUCCUCAAGAUUUAUGUUCAAAGCUUAACGAAUAUGUGGAACAAAUGAAGAAUGAUGAAUAUAAUAUACGAUCACCUCGAGAAACAAAAAACCAUGAUUUUGAACAAAAAAGAAAAUCUCACUAUAAUGAAUUUCUGAUAGCUAAAUUAAUAGGUAGAGAUAUAUCUGAUGAUAGCUCAGAUGGAAACACUACUUGA